CCAUUUUUGUUUCCAAACCAAAGUAGUUAAUUAUAUUUAUUUUUAUAUCAAGUACAACACAAGAAUAUAAUGGCAAUGCGAAUGCAUUAGUUGUAAUAGUUUUAAUCAGAUUUUGGUUUCAGUUAUUUAAAUUAGUUUAAAAUUAAUUAACACCGCAACUGCAAAAACCCCCUGCAGUUCCUAAUUCAAAUAAAAUUCCACAAGAACCGACGCAAACAACAUAAAAACAUUAAAAGAUAUGAAGAGGGGACGCAAAUCCGACGGACCUACGACUGUUCGCACAACUGGACGAAUAAAGAAAGCAAAGGUUGUAUUCGAUCCAUCGGAUAAUAAUCUUCCCAAGCAUCUACGAAAUUCAGCUGGUUCUGUACAAAGUAGCCAACAGCAAUCCCAAUCCGAUCAUGCGAGCGAUACUUCGAAUGAGCGGAGAAUAAAGGAGGAAAAGCCACGUAUAGUUAAUUCUAAUUCAUUGAACAAUGUGUUUGAUGAGACUUGUUGUUAUGUAUGCGGACGGAGGGAAUUGAAGAAAAACAAAAAUAAAUUGAUUUCUUGCAAAGACUGUGAUCAUAAAGCUCAUAUAUCGUGUCUUCGUUUGGACUUCGAAGAUCAUGUAAAGCUUCGUGAGAAUUAUCGCUGUGAUGUCUGCCAAAUUUGUUCAUCUUGCUAUGAAGGCCCUGAAGAUGGAGAACUUAUAACAUGCACAAAAUGUGUUAAAUCUUUCCACUUUGCGUGUCACAUACCAAGUAUGGCACGAUUUCCGACACAGACAAAAUGGCUUUGUUCGAAAUGUACUAUUCCUAAAGCCAAGUCUCUGCUGAAAGUCUUAGGCGUUCAAGCUGCGCCUCCUCCAUCAGCUCCUCCUUCAUCAGACGUCGUUGAUAAGAAGCCGGCUAUUCCAGUCGAAACAGCAACAGUCAACAACUAUACAAAGGAAACUGACAAAAUCAUUGUGAAGAAACAGUCCUCUCCGAGUCCUAAUUCACGUCUUUCACCAAAUGCCAGUUCUAUAUUGCAGCCUUCAUCAAAUUCCUUGCUAACGGAAUCGAAUUCUCAGGACUUGUCCGAUAUUCCAAUCGUCAAGAACUGGUCAGCCAGCCAAGUGACUGAGUACUUUACGAAAUUCUUUCCCAAUGAGGCAGAUAUUUUUAAAGAUCAAGACAUUGAUGGGCAGUCGUUGUUGCUGUUGAAACGCUCAGAUGUUGUGAACAGAUUGGCCAUCAAAUUGGGCCCAGCGUUGAGAAUUUAUAAUCUUGUUUUGAAAAUCCAAUCUGUAUCGACUGAUCCAACCAUAGGCUGGUAGUCUAUGAUUAUUAUCUUCUUUUUUUUUUUGUUUAAGUAUCUAUUCUAUCUAUGUCUUAACUAUUUUAAUGAACUUUGUUAAUUACAGUUUUAUAAUAUUCAUAACCUAAUUAUAAUAUUGUGUUACCUAUGAAAUUUAUUUGUAUGUAACUGCAGAGAGAUCUUCCAAUUCGAUUUAAUUUUGUUAAAAACUUUUCUUAUAAUUAAAACUUUUACUUAAAGUUGAAUUCAUUGAAUUAAAUUCAUUAAAAAUACAUACGUAUAUUUAAAAUGAAAAUAAUAAUAAAGAGUUGGUUUUUAUUUGAA